AUGUUUAAAUUGGAAGCAAUGAAGUCUAAUAUUCUGGUAAGUUUUGUCGUCAUGUAAAUUGAAAAGUUUCAGUUAUUAUUUCUUCUUAUUGUUGUUUCCAUUGUGAAUGGAAAGACUCCAGUUGUCUCUAUGCCUACAAAGCUUUGCCUAAAUGCAGAAUGUAGCGGUAAGUGGCUUCAAAAAUUAUUUAUAUCGUUUUAGAGUUGGUUUUUACUACCACAGCGACUCGAGCAUAUCAGUCCAACCACCAACAAAUGUUAAGUUUGGAGCCGGAAAUGCUUGUAAAGGUUUAUGGAUUCAAAUUUAGCAAUCGUGACGUAUUUUUGGCAGAGGUAGUACGCAAUUUCUCGUGUAUUUAUUUUUUUUAGGUUAACGGGCAAUUGGGUUGGGUAUAUCCUGGUUUCAUUAGUCUGGAGCCCUACUUUUUCUUCCUCGAAUCUGCUUUAAAAACGAAUGCAAAAUUGUAUAAAGUAGAACAACGGGAAGACGGAAGUGCUCGAGGAAAGGUAGUCGGUAAGAGAGACAAAGAAAAAAACAAAAUAUCUUUUUAGCUGAGCUAGACGCCAAUCCUGAAUUAUAUCGCGAUUAUCAGGUCAUUGCUGACAGAGUACAGCUCAAACCGGAAGAAAUUCAAAUAGUCAAGCCUGCUGAGUCUGCGUCACAUCACGGGCAUAGCCAUGGCCACAGCCAUUCCCAUGACCAUCAGAGUCACGACCACUCUCAUGUAAAACCAGAAGUUUCCACGACUACUACUUCUGCACCUCUGUUUUCUGAAACUCAAAUCACUGAAACAUCUGCGCCACAGUUGAACAUACAGACAACCAUAGUUCCAAUAACCGUUACGUCCGAUGCACCACCUCCGGUUACAACGGAGGCCUCCUCAGAUUCUGAUGUGAAUAGUUUCGAUCGUCCUGUGGCAACCGCGACCCCAGGAUUUAAAUCCCAGGAUUCUCUUCCGCUGGGGUCGGAUAAUCCUAGUGUGAAGAUUAACCCUUAUGGAUCAGUAAGACUUCAAGACGUUACAACUACCCCUGUGCCUCGUCAAGUGGAUGACCCAACCCCAGAACCUUUAACUACAAGUACAGCCUCGCCAUUAGCAGCUGCAGAUGAAACUGUUUCUGUAACUCCUGCUGCCCCAUACGUCUCUCCACUGUCCACAACGCUGCCCCCUGAAACAACAGAACUUCCUGUGCUUGAAGAUUUGAAUCUGGAUAUACCAACAAUCACAUUGAAUCCGAGUUUUGAUUCUGUCGAUGUUUCCACGACAAGUUCAAGUCCAGUCACUACUACUCUCGAAUAUGCAGAUCCGCUCACAAUGACACAGACAACUGCUACUCCUUUGACAACGACUAUCCAAGCUACAACUUCUUCUGUGGAUGUGGGGAAAAAUGUACGUUUACUUUUUUGUUACCACGUUUAAUCACGGCAAAGCGACAAAUAAGGGAGCUGCUCAUGUAGCAGCUCUUUACUGCGGUUUUAAGUUUUUUUACUUCGGCGAAAAUUAAGGUAUUCGAUUAUCAGGAGCGCACAUCAUUCCGAACUUUUUGUGUGGGCAAAACCCGGUGUCAAAAAACAAUUUUUUUCGACAUGACUUUCUAGUUUCGGUUAGCUGCACUUUUAUCAGAGUAAGUAAAAGAAGAAUAACAUGCUAGAGAGCAGCAUGAAAAAUGUAACAUCCGAAAAUCUCGUUAUUUUUGUCCAUCAAAAAUUUUUGUGGUCCAAAAACGAUUUUUCUGACAUUCCAAGUUUUUUGGAAAGCCGUGUGUAAAAUUUAGCUAUCAUACAAUUUUACGUUUGGUUAUGAAUAUUCGCUUUUUGAUUGUUUUCUUGUUUAGGAGUACUGUUUCAAAGGCGACUGCUCUGAUUUCGAAUCUACAAAAGAUACGAACAAAGUCUACGCGCGGGCUAUGGAACAUCUUGAAAACAAAGACGAUGGUAUCAUUCGGACUGGACUGAAGUCCUUUAUUAACGGCCUCAAGGGUAUACUUCCUUAUCCUUUCGACGGGUUGGACGAUACUGGUGUCGUUAUGGUCUUCUUUUCUUUGUUUUCAUUUGUCGUAUUCAUUAUUGGCAGGAUAUUGGAUGAUUCUGGUAAGAUUCCGUGGUUUAUAUAGUUGUUUUAUAGAAUGUCCGGACGCGUUUGACCGGAGGACUUUAUUCGAUGCUAAGACAAAGAUUACGGAACAAGCCGCUGUCAUCGAUAAAUUGAAAAGUAAUGCUCCUUCUGGACAGCAACUUGUUCAGCUUCAAGAAUUCCAACAAAAAAUACAAGCACAAAAGGAAGAGAUAUUUCAGUUGCGACAAAGGGUCAUUGAUCCUUCAGUUAUCCAUGAAAAGGACCGAUUGUUGGCCGAUUUGGAGAAUGAAGUUCACAGAUUAAACAGUGCUGUACGGGAGAGAGAUAAUCAGUAAGUUGCAUGUUUCUUGUAUCUAUUCUGGAUUUAGGAUAUCUGAACUGAAGGUUGAAAGAAGUGCCUUAGAAGAUAGAGUUGAAAAGAUCAAGGAAGAGAAGAAAAUCUUAGAUAAGAAGUUGCACGACAAAAUUGCACAUUUGCAACGGGAUCUGACAACGUCUGAAAGUAAACUUGAGCAACUUCAGAGCAUAUUGCCGGAAAAAGAGAAUGCUCUGCAAAUUAAGGAAACCGAGAUUUCUAAAUUGCUUGAUCAAAUUAGAGAGCUGGAGGAGUACAGUGUUGCGUAUUCCAAGAGUAUUAUCGAUCUGGAAACUAAACUCAGAAAGGCCGAAGAGAGUGGAGGUAGUGUGAAGAGUGGAGAUGGAGGAAGCUGGUCAGAUAUUGACAAAUCAGAAAUUGAUAAAUCUGACAUCGACAUAUCGCAUGACAAUGAGACUACUGAAGGUUUAUCUAGUGGAACCAUGAUUGACUCUGAGAGCAAUGUCCCCGUUAUCAUAAAAAAAGAAAGUAAAGUUCAUCACACCGAAGAUAUAAGAGUGCUGGCAAAGGCAAACGUUGAGGUUACCAAACUUAAAGAAGAAAAGCAGGCCCUUAAAGAAGAAAAGCAGGCCUUGGAGUAAGUAUUUUUUGCGAAUUUUUGUAAAGCUUUUUUCAGGAGUCAGUUGAAUAACGAGAAAACAACAAAGAAGGCAUUAGAAGAGAAGCUGAUAGACCGGGACAACAUAAUCGUUCGGCUGAAUACUCAGAUCGAUUCACUGAACGAAGAAUUGAAAGAAAAGAAACUUGAGAUUAAAGAGAAACAAGUAAAGAUCGAAGCCCUGACAGAAGAAAGAAUAGAAAUUUACAAACAAGUUCUGGAGGCACGGAACGAAGCCAAGGCAUUGUCGUCAGAGUCAUCUAGACUGGAAAACGAAAAGAACGUCUUGGAAAGGGCUGCCAGAGAGCUGGAACAGAAACUUAAAAAAGCUGAGGAUUUGGAGGCGAAAUUGAGGACCAAGAUGUUCCACGAUGAGAGAGACGCUCAGAAGAAGAUCAAGGGUCUUGAAGAGAAGAUUGCUCAUAUGACGACAAUUCAGAUUUCUAGUAAAACUGCCGAAACUGGAAACUUGUCUAUGGCUUCGAAUGGUCUCUUCAACGACGUCCCGUCUUUGUGGUCGCCUUUCAAUAAUUUUAACACUAAUGGUUCACUCGAUGAGUAAGUAUAUUAAAGUCAUUUUGUAUGUGAAAUGCAAAAUGACUUGCAUUUCACUUACUUAAUUAAUUGUAGGAGUGAACCCGAUUUUCUCACAAAUCGAAGUGAUCCCAGGCGAAAUUUGCGGGCCGGUAAUAUUAGUCCCGCCAGGUCAACAGAAUCGAGUGGAAAUGUAAAUGAUCAGCGUGGUAAGUCCCACCUUACCAGUAGGGACAUGGGAAGAGAACGACCUGAACAGCAGACCAGAGGUACCACCCAAAGAAGGAUGCGGUAAGUUUGUCAUAUGCUUUCAAGAAAGCUCUUUGUUUAAGGUCGCGGUCUGCUGGUCGUUUUCCACGUGAAGCAUAUCCCGCCCAACAAGUGCCAUCAGGGCGCAUGUCGGCUGGACGGUCAGGAGGGCACAUCUCUCCAGCUACUUCGUUGUUGCAUACCGCCUCACCAUAUUACGCCGACUCUUCUGGAAUCGCCACCCUCCCAAGACCGGCUUCAGGUGGACGUCUGCCAAAGGUCCCUUCUAAUUUGUCAAAUCUGUAUUACUCAUCGGACGGAUCUCCACCGCCUAAUCUGGUUCAACGAGCAGGGAUUCCACCCGUUAAGAAUGUCCCUCGGCCAGUUACUGUUCGAGCGGCGAUAAAAUUGCAUCCGCCCAGGCCACAGAAAUAA